AUGAAGCUGAUGUUUCAGCGUUUGUGUCCGGACUACAUCGCGACGGCGCGCCCAGAAAGAUCCCGGUGCGAAUGUGGUCGUGACGAAGCUUUCUUGCGGGUAACUCAUGGUCGAGCGAGACAAGUUAAAAUCAUUGCGGAGGGGAUGGAGGGGAUGAGGCCCAUUGCCAUCCUUAUACUCCUAACAUUCGGUCGCCCCUCCAUUCUUCAGGGCGCAGAAUCGGAGAUUGAGCGACUUCGCCAUCGUCCCGAGCUCCAGUCCCCUCGGCCUCCGGGCCUAUGGUUUGUCUCCUCCGGUGCGGGUUUGGCGAGUUCGGGCAAGACUCCGGCGGGGACUAACGCUCCGGCGGGGCCGACAACAAAGUCAAGCAAGCCUUUUGAGUUGCGUCUGUUCGCCGGAACUGGAGCUCCCCCGCAUAAAGGACCUGAGUUUAAUGUGGAGUCCCGAACUUCCAUAUAUAACAAUGGGAUGGGUCUCGUCGAGAAGUUCCUCCCUAAGGAUGAUCGCUUUGCGGCGCUACUGUUGUAUGGGAUGGUUUUCUCGACCUGUUUCAACGGCUAUGAUGCGGGUAUCAUGACGGUCAUCCUGGCCGACAAGCAGUUCAUUCAAUACUAUGGCAUCAAUGAUAGCAAGUCCGGGCUGGUGGCCACUAUUCCCUGGGCAAUGACAGGAAUUGCCCAGCUCUGGCUUGGAGGCACGCUGGCUGGCUGGCUUGGCCGCCUGUGGGCGCUGCGACUCUCCAUCUGCAUCAUGAUUAUCGGAGUAGUAGUCGAGGUCGUCCCCAACAGCUUCGGCGUCCUCAUUCUGGGACGGCUUCUCACAGGUCUGGGCUUCGGCUGCGUCUACAUCGCAUCAAACCUCUACGUCGCGGAAUGUGCGCCCACCAAGCUCCGAGGCAGCUUCGUCGGCACAGUCUCCCAGUUCGGCUACCAGCUAGGCACACUAAUCGCCUUCUGGGCCGGCUAUGGCAUGUCCUUCCACAAGUCACCCUACAACAUUGCCUGGCGGGUCUCAAACAUUAUUCAGAUUCCUAUUGGCAUUGCCUUCAUCUUUGUCUCAUUCUGGUACCCCGAAAGCCCACGCUUCAUGCUGGAGAAGUACCCGGAGACGCCUGAGCGUGCUCUCAAGGUGCUCUGUCGGCUGAGGUCCGGCGCUCCAACUGACGAGCGUAUCCGAACUGAGUUUCAUGAACUUGUUGCCUCGUAUGAGUUCCGUCGAAGAUAUGAUCCGGGAUAUAUGGGUCUUCUCAAAAGCAAGAGCAUGCGGAAGCGUCUUGCGUAUGGAUUUUACGCCGCGGGUCUUCAGCAGUGCGGAGGUAUUGCCUCUCUCACUAUGUAUGCGACCCUGAUCUACCAAAGUCUCGGAUGGAACGCGGGCUCGCAGGCUCUCUCCAUCAACGGAAUCCAAGCCGUUCUACAACUCCUGAUCGUCCUUGUGAAUACCUUCACCGUGGAAAGAUUCGGCCGACGAGGUCUUUUGCUCGCCGGGUUUGCGAUCCAGUCACUUGCGCUCCUCAUCCUGUCGUGUCUGACCACCGCAUUCCCUACGAACGGCAACAAGCCAGCCGCAGUCGUGGAGGUGGCCAUGCUCUUCAUCGUUGGUUUGACGUAUUGUUGGUCGAACGGUCCCAUUGCUGCGACGGUGGUAUCGGAGAUUUUCCCUCAACAUGUCCGGGACAAGGGGUUCGGUCUCUCUAUGCUUGGUCAGACUUGCUGGCUGAUUCUGCUCACGGAAUCGUGGCCUGACUUCAACGCCAAAGUCGGUGGACACAGCUAUUGGCUGCUCUUUGGGCUAAAUGUGGCUGCCGGGAUUUCCGUAUAUUUUAUUCUCCCCGAGACCAAGGGCAUCUCUCUUGAGCGUAUGGAGAAGAUAUUCGGGGGACUGGACUUUGUCGAGGCUGGAGAACAUGAAUCGGACACAGAGAAACGCGAGGCCUUGGCCCUGGUCACAGAGGGCGAGAAGGCACCGGCUGCGCACGUAGAGAAUAUCGCCCAGGAUAUUUCUUCUCAGGGACCGGAGAGAUCCCCAGCUUGA